AUGCAUACGGUUUCAUUCAACCAGGCUUUGGUCUUCGGCCUCUUGGCCUCGGCCCAUCUCACUGCCGGAUUUACAGUCAACUUUGGUGACCACGAUGUUGAGCGACGACAUGUGGGUUCACUGGCCUCUAUGGCGUCGAAAGUCGUCAGAGCAGUGAUUCCAGAUCUUGAGCGUCGCCACCAUACGGAGGCCCAGAUCGCUGCAAAGGAAGCAGCCAAGGCCAAAGGUCAUCGUGCUCGUAGCCCUCAGGCCCCCGAUGAGUUUGGACCGUGGGACAGUACUGAAGAUGAAUUUGGUUCAUGGGUUGAUAAACGAUCCCCACACCACACGGAAGCACAGAUUGCGGCCAAAGAAGCAGCUGCCAAAAAGCAUCAAUCGCGAUCUCCUCACCAUACCGAGGCCCAAAUCGCCGCCAAAGAGGCAGCGAAAGCCAAGGGCAACAAACCUCGAAGUGCCCAGGCCCCUGAUGAAUUCGGACCUUGGGAUAGCACCGAAGAUGAGUUUGGUUCUUGGGUUGAUAAGCGAUCACCACAUCAUACGGAGGCUCAAAUUGCGGCCAAAGAAGCAGCAAAGGCCAAGGGUAACCGGCCCCGAGAAGCCCAAGCCUCUGAUGAGUUUGGGCCUUGGGACAGCACCGAAGACGAGUUCGGUUCUUGGGUCGAUAAGCGCUCACCACAUCAUACGGAGGCUCAGAUUGCCGCGAAAGAGGCAGCGGCCAAAAAGCACCAAUCCCGAGAUCCACACCACACUGAGGCGCAAAUCGCGGCCAAGGAAGCAGCGGCAAAGAAGCAUCAGUCGCGGGAGCCACAUCACACGGAAGCACAGAUUGCGGCGAAAGAAGCUGCAGCGGCAAAGAAGCAUCAGGCCCGUGAACCUCACCAUACGGAGGCUCAGAUCGCGGCCAAGGAGAAAGCGGCAGCGAAAAAGGGGCAGAACUGA